CGGAGAGAUCCACUCCGGGAGUGUGGGAUGUAAUCUGAGAAUGAGGUAUGCGGUCUGGUAGAGGGUCCACUCUGGGAGAGGGAUGUACAUCUUCAAGAUAGCGGAGUGAGGGGAUAUGGGGAGAAGGCAGGAACGGGGUACUGAUUGGGGAUGAUCAGACAUGAUCACAUUGAAUAGCAGUGCUGGCUCGAAGGGCCGAAUGGUCCUGCACCUAUUGUCUAUUGUAAUCGGAGUGAGAGUGAUGUAAUCUGAGUGUGAAGGAUGAAAUUUGAGAGAGGGGUGUAAUUUGAGAGUGAAGGAUGUAAUCUGAGAGUGAGGGAUGUAAUCUGAGAGUGGGAUGCAGUCUGAUAUAAAGAACCACUCUGGGAGAGGGAUGUAAUCUGAGAGUGAGGGAUGCAAUCUGAGAAUGAAGAAUCCAAUCUGAUAAGGGAUACAAUCUGAGGGAUGAAAUCUAGGAGAGGGUUGCCGUCUACAAUGAGCACUUAGGGACGGUUUACCAUGGGGGUAGAUGUUCAGGAUAGCCUAAGAAGGGAGCCUGAGAAAGAAGAUGAAGGAUCUCUUGGGCGAGCCUGCAUUUGCAACUACAAAAAUGAAAGGAGGUAGGAUUUCUCAAAUCCAUCUUGAGGGGGAAGUGAUGUGAGAAAAGAGGGUUGGAGUUGAUCAUGCAGAUACAGUUUUGAAGAGAUCGGGGGUGAUAACCCAAGAUAGGAAUCUGCAGAUGUAGCCAAUGAGAGAGAACAUCAGUUCAGGGUGGUUGAAAACAUCUUCUGUUCAGUGAAAUAACAUUCCUGACUUUGAAUACAACCCUCUCAUACUGGAUCUUUUCAACAGGGAUGAUACGAUAUCUGAUCAGGAAGAGAGAAAAACAAAUGUUUACACCUGAUUGUGUUACACAUAAUUCUGGCCCAACGAUUGUAGUGGUUCCCAUUUAUGACCAACCUGGAUGUUCCCGUUCACAUGAGUCCAGGGUACUUUAGUGGAAAAGGCCAUGGCUUUUAGGAGAGCUGGAUCGUCUAAAAUCACACACAUAUCACACUUCUGAUAAACUUCCAUAUCUUCCAUAUCCAGAAACAAAUGCAGAUAUGCUGGAAGAACUCAAGCAGUCAAGCAGCAUCUGUGGAAAAAGAAACCAGGCAAUGUUUCGGGUCAGCAACCAUUAGAAAUGGUUUUAAAUGUUUUCUUCUGUGUCCAGAUUCAUAGGAUUGAAAAUUAAUUAAAAUGGAGAAUCUUAGAAUCUCUGAGUUUAAUCCUACAGUUCCCAUUAGUAAAAGUUUAUAACAGAGCGUUGACAAGAUUCUUUUACAAAAUUAGAUUACUUAUAUUGGAAUAUGUGAGUCAAAUAUAUAGUAAUGUAUGGGUAAUGGAAGAACAUUCCUGUACAUCAUUACGCUUUAUGUAAUUUUAUGACUUUUACAGGAAGUCUACCGGAAUCACAUUUCUAGACAUUCCAGAUUGGUCCACUUAUGAUUUAUUUUUCUAUUUCAGUGCUGAUCCAUUUUAUAUACAACUGUAGUUCAAUAUGUAAUUGUAAAUAGUAAAGUAGGAGUUUUAAGUCAGCUGGUAGAAUUAAUAGUUAUUAAGAAGACUAUGAACUUAUUAUCUUUGCUACUUGUCCAGUUGUGAACCCUGCUGAGUUCAACAUUUUUUUAAUCAGUCCCCACCUUUGAUCCUGAUUUAGUUUCUCUGGGUAUCCCUGGUUAAGAAUAGGUUUUAAUUUUCAGUGUGUUUUGUAAACUAAUGGAUUGUUUUCUCUCAGUAUUCUCAGUGACCAACUCGUUACUAUGUAGAAAGAAAAUAGCACACAGUAUUGUUUGCCAAUGAGAAUGGAAGAAAUGCCGUUAUCUGGCCCGGAGAACAGCAAAUCCGAGAACAGAUGACGAGCAAAGUCGUUUCAUGAGAAAAUCGUUUAGUACGAACUCUGCAGCCAUGCCCAAGCUGAAGCGAGUUUCUUCGGAGAAGAAGCAGAAAUACUGGCGGCAGCUGAAACGGGACCAGAGGCAGCUGAACAGAGAGCACAGUGACCAGGCCAUGGAGUUUGAUGCUACCCCUGAAAGUUCCGCAGAGCAGGCUUUAGCUCAUGAGAUCUAUUCUGAUCUGGUAGACGAUGCGUGUCUGGGGCUCUGUUUUGAGGUGCACCGAGCUGUGAAGUGUGGUUAUUUCUUUUUGGAUGAGACGGACCCUGACAGCAUGAAGGAUUUUGAAAUUGUGGACCAGCCAGGUGUGGACAUUUUUGGUCAAGUCUACAAUCAGUGGAAGAACAAGGAGUGUGAAUGUCCAAACUGCAGUCGUAGUAUCGCCGCCUCCCGCUUUGCUCCUCAUCUGGAAAAGUGUUUGGGAAUGGGUCGCAACAGCAGUCGGAUUGCAAACAGAAGAAUAGCCAGUAGCAACAACCUCAGCAAAUCUGAGAGUGACCAAGAGGACAAUGAUGACAUCAAUGAUAAUGACUGGUCAUAUGGAUCUGAGAAAAAAGCAAAGAAGAGAAAGUCUGAUAAGAAUCCUAAUUCGCCACGGAGAUCCAAAUCUCUAAAACAUAAAAAUGAUUUAGUUGAUGAAUACCCAUUUGCAGGGGAGCUCAGUGGAAAUUCUGAUCCAUAUAAGUACAACAAUAAUUCUGGCAUCAACUAUGAAAACCUGGGUCCUGAAGAAUUACGCUCAUUGCUGACAACGCAAUGUGGUGUCAUCUCUGAGCACACCAAGAAAAUGUGCACAAGGUCAUUGCGGUGUCCUCAGCACACAGAUGAGCAGCGGCGAUCUGUACGGGUCUACCUCCUGGGAUCUUCAGUAUCCCUUCCGGAAUCUGAAGUAACUGUAGAGAAUGAGAGUUACGAUGCCUCAGAGAGUCAGAGCUUUAUGAGCCGACUACAAUGGGAUGGCACUUCAGAUAUCUCACCUUCUGACUCCGCAUCUUCCAAAGCAAGUACCAACAAUUCUGAUUCCAAGAAGAGCAAAAAAAAGAAGCCUCACCUAGGACUUCCUAGUGCUCCUGGCAUGAGCGGCAGUAAGAAGAAGAAACUGAAAGCACCUGUUCCACCCACAUCUAGUAUAUAUGAUGACAUCAAUUGAAAAAAUGGAGCUACUUCUUCUCCUACUCUGUCUCAACAAGUUUCACAUCUGCGGUUACUUUGAUGAGAUGACCAUUGAACCACCCACUUCCUGAGAAGAGUGGAUUCGCUUCAAGAUCGUACUUGAGCCUUGGAUGAUCGUGGUCCUGUAAACUGAAGGCUUCAUUCCAUGAUGGUUGACAUUGUCUUUUAUUUAUUAUACAAAGAAUGAGGGAUUUUGCUGGUGUACAAAGCUGAUGAAAUAUUGCUGUUUGAUUGCAUUAAUUGUGUCCUGGUCUCAAUGACAAAAACUCAUGCCUGAAGCUGCCACUCAUUUCUGACUUGCCUCUAGAUACACCUUUAUAAUCCCUCAUUAUGCCAGAUCUGGCUAUGAGUUUGCAACUAUUCCCCAUUAUACUGCAACAUUUUGUGAUGUCAGAGUGCUGCUCAUAGCAUUUGUGGUGCCAAUUGUGCGAGGGCAAGUUAGUCACUGUGUAACUUUAUAACGUUACUGUGUAUUUAUCAAAGGUUAGCCUUUCUGAUUGCAGUGUUCUUCAUAAAGGCUGUGGAGAGCAGGACAGUCACCAUGGUAAGUGCAACAAAUGAACUACGACGAUCGAGAAAGGUGUGAAAAUGCUUCUCACGGCUGGAUUUAAUCUAAUGAUCCUGACGAAUAACAUCAGCAUCGCAAGCCGGAUAUCUUUGCUAGUUUAUCCGAACUGUAAUUCAAAAAUAUUUCAAUUUGUCCAUUGCACCUUUUUAAAUCUCCACACUUCAGUCAAUUGAAAUAUUAGUUUAAAUACUGCUAGGUAUUUAUGUCUAAUCUUGUAACAAUUUCCAAAGCAUCUAUUGACUAUGGUUUGUAAGGGAUUGACUAUUCUCAAACAUGGCCUUGCCUUUCAUUAUUUGAAUAAUGAUGGCUGAGCAAAUUCUAUAAUAUGGAUCAUAUGAUAUGGACAAUGAUUGAUUUCUUAAUGAAACAAAGAUCUUGAAGGACUUCUCACGAGUCUCAUGAAUUUGAAAUGCAAUCUGGGCACAAGUGUCAUUUUCUUUUGCCACUUGUCAGUUGGAAUUGAGGCACAAGGCUGCCAUGGUUAGACAGUCAAAGCAGCACGGCAGAUGGAUGGACAGCAGCAAACUAUCAAGUCCCUUUUGGUCAACACCGAGUUGGUAAGUUGGCAACUCAUUACAGCCUGUUUGCCGUCAUGACAUGGAUGCCUUGGUCCUUUUCUUUUGAACUAAUGGAUCAAAUAGGAUCAGCGCAGAUGGUUGCAUCUCACGUUGGAAAACGUCAGUCGAUUGUUUGUGAGACUGCCCUUGUUUCCAAUCUUAUUAAUGCGACAUUGGUUAACAGAAAUUGAUAUCCAAGUUGGAUUGAGGGGUAGUUGCAGAAGGAGACCAUUAAUUGUCAUAACUUUUCAAAGCAGCAUGUCUUUUUUUUUUGCCAGUGGGACCAAAUUGGACGUUUCAUUUUUGUUUACAUCUGAGAAGCUGGAAAUCUCCCCCCCCCCCCCCCCCCCCCCAAUAUAUAUACAAACUUAACAUGGGUGGGUCUCAAUAGCCAUUUGACAUUAAAAUGGUUGGGAGAAAUUAUCUGCGUGCUGCUUCCUGCCGAGCAGCAUGAUGUUGCCCAACACUAAAAAAAACAUUGCACUUUACGUCUGAUUGUGUGUGUAUGCUGGAUUUGAAGGGUUCUUCUGGACUUGAUAUGGCCCUUUCUCAGGGCCCUGAAAAAAGAACCAACACAACCGUUGUGAAAUGCUUUGCAGAUGAAACUGAAUGAUAUGUUGUAGAUUUCAAAGAGAGGAAAAUGAAAAGAAAAUCAUGAAUGAAUUUGGCAAAUGCCUUGCAUUUGUAUUUUAUGUUGUAGCCAGCUGACCUGUGUAGCACAUUGAGCGUGUUCUUUUGAAUCAUUAUGUAACAAUGACUAAAACUUGUGCUUCCAGUUUCAUUGCAUCUUGACUAUAAAAACAAAAUAUAAAUCAAGGAGUGAAUGCAACAGAAUGAAUCCUUGCUAUGCAAACAGGCUAGUCUACUUUUGAUGGACAAAUAUAUUCUGUUUUGGAUCCUUGCAGAGCAUGGGAAAUGCCUUAUAAUUGGAUAUCAGUAGCUAUAAUAUAACAGCUAUAAUAUUUUUGCCUCGUUAAGGUUGUAUGAAUAAGAUUACAGCAGGUAAGUACAUUGGAGCUGUCGUCUUUGCUUUUCAUAUUAACAAUUUUAUUUAAAGAGAUUUUAGAUGAAUUUCAAUUAAACAGAUAAUGUUUGACACAUUUAUUUCUGGAUUUUUUAUAUUUUACCUUGUGAUUCAGGUUGUAAUUUGCAGCUUCCCUGUAUCUUGGGCUAGAGAAUUGGAGCAGACUAAAAUAGUCAGAUGGGUGUUCUUGAGUUGUAAGGGUUGUUCAUUUGUCUAAACAAAUGUAUGCGUGCAUUUGGGAUUUGGGAUCCCUUUUAAAGUCAAGGAAGUGAUGAUUUAUCUUCUGUCUUUGCAAGUGUUUUGUCGGAUAGGCUGGUGUACCAUCUGCUGGUCAGAGAGGUCACUGGCUAUCCAUUGUAUUACCAGUCAUAAUUGCAGCUGUAAGCCUGUGUGUGUGUGUGUGUUAGUUUAUAGCGAAAUAUCUACUCUUGAUCAGUAGUGGAGCUUUGGGAGGCCCUGAAGUUGUGAAAAGUGCUACAAAGAUGCAGGUCUUCCCUUCUGUAGCAAGAGAUAAUGUGCCUUUCUAGUGCAAUACCUCGAUGCUGAUCAGAUGUUUGUUACAGUCCCAAUUUUGUCAACAUCAAGUUUUAAUUUUCAUAGGAUCUAAGAGUUCACCAUCUUGAAUGCAAGCAAUUGCCUAUUCAUAGGGCAGCAGACAUUAUAGUGUAACUUGCCCAUGAUGUCUGCAGUCCAGACUAAUUUGUCAAUUUAUUGAUUAUAUAAUUUGUGAGUCAGUAACAUGGGGAAUAUAAUUGGUUGGAACAUAUAAAAUUGCUCAGCAAUUUGAAUGAAGACCAUGAUCCUCCUAACUGUUGUAACAGUUUAAGGGUUGGAUGGCUUUAAAUACUUUUAAAAGCCUGUAUUUUUUUUGUCUAUGUUUAAUUCUGAAUGGAACAGUAAUGGCAGUUCCAGGUUAGGCUGAUUUUUAAACUGAGGUUUUAUGGGCACUUGUCUCUAAUGUGAAAAUGGAAAUGUCUCCUCAAUAUUAGGAUUUUUAAAAAUUAUAUUUUAUAACUUGUUUGAUCCUUUAUUUUUGUUGUACCAAAUUCUAUUAUGCCUAGGCAAAAUAAAAUCUAAAUAUUCAUACAUAUAGUGCACAAUUAGUGAAAGAUCAUUCUUUAAAUGUGUGCCGUAUCUAUCUACCCAGAGGUAGCUAUGUUGCAUGCAGCACCUCACUUAGAAUAUUGAUUUAUUUAAUACAAAUGUUUAGCACAACAAACAGUGUGCCACCAAACAGCACAUGCAUCUUACCACAUGACAAAUAUUGAUGUUCAUUUUUCAUUGGUACGGAAGGUUUACUCCUGGAACUGAGGAUCCUGAAAUACUCAUUCCCUCUGCAGAUCUGAGAUACUGGCACAGGCUUUUCUAUACCAUAUAUUGUUGAGUUUUUUAACACUGCCAGUCAUAUCUACACUGCUUUGUAAUGCUGUUCCUCUUUUUUAGUUAAUUAUGUCAGUACACAGUCAAUACAUAGAUAGGUACGCAAGUACUUGACACAGACUGAUGUUCAUUUUAUUUUUAUUAAUGAAUAUUGUGUAAAAUCAGCAAGCUUCAUCAAUGUAGUAAUGCCAGAAUUCUUGCAGACCUAACAAGCGUGGAAGCACAGGGUGAUCUUACAGAUUUGCUAUUUAUAGCUGAGGGUUACAGGUAGCCAUGUAUACUUUGCUGUGGGAUAUACAGCAUUUAUACAGUCUUACUAAGUAUUUAGCAGAUGUGACUUUCAUAAAAACUGAAGACUUCCUCUGUACUUGAUGAAAUCUUAAGAUUGCUUUGGUAAACAUCCUGUAUCGGCAUUGUAUGGAAGCAGGGAAUCACUCGAGUUGCUGUGUAAUGCUGAAAGCCACAUAGCCCCCCAAUAAUUUUUGUCUUUGGCUGAUAAACUGGAACCACAAGUUUUGGCAUUUAUAUGCAGGUUUCAGCAGGAUGUGUAUAAUCACGAGUUUUCAGGGGAAAACAACAUGGUGUAAGAUGUUUGGCUUACAGUUCUUUGUGACGUGUAGUGAUACAGAAAUAUGCAUGCAGUUAUAUCUGUUAAUCAGUCUAUGGCCCUGAGUUUUAAUUUUUCAUACAUAUCCCCAGAAAUGCUGGUUCACUGUAUAUUUCUGUAAUCCAUAGUGACUACGUGCUGCUUCAGUGUAAAUAAAGGUGUACAGUUGAACUGAA